GCUAUAGUUUUUUAUGCUGAUCACCUCUGUAUUCAUUGCUUCUUCCUUCCUCCGCAGCCGUACUAAAAGACACUAGCACCCCUGUUGCUGAGUUUUAAUUUUGGACAAUAUUUGUAUUAUCUCUUUGAUUUCUUGCCUCUACACAACUUAUCCUUAGCCAACAAGAGUACCAAAUGGCAGAGUCGCUGCAGUCACUCCCAGACAUUAUUGGGGAUGAGGACACCCAGCCCUCAGUCAACCACAACAGAAGAGGCUCGGAUGUAGCAUUAACAGGCCGCAACGAGCGAGCACUGCAAUUCUUGACUUCGAUAACAACAAGCAACGUGGUUGAUGCUGGGUAUCGGGCUGCACACAAUGCAGCGCAUAAUAACUCGGAUGGCAUCCGUUUUAACUUUGAUCCACAGAGAAUCUUGGGACAUGACAAUGUGGUCAAUUCAGUUGUGAGCGGCGUGGCUGCGGACGUUCAACAAAGGAAUUCUGGACAGAUCCUGCGAUUCGACAACGGCGAGGCUGCGCUCUCUGGCGAGUACACGAAUGCCGACAGCAACGACACGGAUGCCAGUGGCGGCCCGGUUGAUUUUGGAUUCCAGAGGCGAGUGUCGUACAGCCAAACCGAUUAUACGGAUGUGCGAAACUGCCACCACCCGACUGAGUUUGUCAUGAUGAAGCCCUCAUCGUUUCCUAUGGUAUUCGCCUCGAUCAAGCCAUUUAACGGAAAAGGUGAUGACAAGUACAGAUAUGGGGCAAGUGCGGUUUCAGAUGGCGAGCGCAAGUAUGGCAUUACUAUAAACAAGAAGGACCUGUCAUUUGCUCAUCUUUUGCAUCCUCUGCGGACCAUAGCACCAGAGGCUGAGCAUGACUCUGGGGGAGCCGUGGGUAACGCAUAUCAGCCGAAUCGACUUGACGACCCCGGGCUGCACAAGGGGCUUCAGCGCACAGUUCUUGGGCUGACGGGGUAUAUGGGCACCAUAUUUGAGUACACCCGGCCAGACGACCUGCGACAAGAGCUCAAUGACCACUUUAGAGAGACGCAUCCCGAGCUGUAUGCGGCCGGGCUAACUCUUGAUCAGAUUCGGCGCUUGAGAGCACAUAUGUUGCGAGUGACCCGCGAGCAAGAUCUCGAGCUAUCAACUGCAGCUAUAGGCUGGGUUUACUUUGAGAAAUUGAUAUGGAAAGGAUACGUGGCCAAGGAUAAUCGUAAACUCGUUGCUGGUAAGUUUUUAAUUUUUAAUUUGCUUCUGGCCGACAUUGAACAGCUGGUGGCAGGCAGCCUCAGUCACGCGGCAUAAUUGUGGGGAGCGAAGCAUUGUUCGUUCUGCCUGCAGAUAUUGUCAUCUGCGCUCUAAAUUUAUUGACAUUAUCGAAGAGCAUGACUAACAUUUUUAAAAAUUACUUUGCUAUUUUUUGUUAUUGGCCAUUGAGCAUUUUGCAUGUCUCUCAAUACGAAGCUACUUUGAAUUCAGAAGCCGAAUUUAUUGUGCAUAAAAUAGCGUGAAAUGAAUAGUUUUCACUUCCGCAACAAUUCCACUCGCUGAUUUUCUG